CAGAAGAAGGAAAGAUCGAGAGAGGAGAGACCAGAGAGAUAAUGAUUGCAACCUCCUGUUCUCCAUUAAAAUAUGAGCAGACCCUGGGCACUUAAUACAGCACAUAAACAGCAAAAACAAAAACACAUUGAGGGAAACAUGCUCAAACGUGGUUUCCCAAAUGGGAAUAAGAAGGAUCUCCACACAAGGCUAUGAGUCCAUCAGACCUUCCUCCAUCAUUAAAAUUCUGUAAUUACACACCUGCCACCACCAAGACCACCACCUGCUUUCUCCAGAUGUCCCAGGAAACAUGGGUAGUGUCAGCAGUUUGAUAUCAGGCCAUAGCCUCCACAGCAAACACUGCAAAGCCUCUGAAAACAAAGUCAAAAAGGGGCUUCAGUCUAAGAAAACAGGCCGUAGCUUGGAUGGCCUUCUGAAGUAUGGCUUCUCUCAGGACCAUUGCAGCACCAACAACAGCUCAAAAGUCAGCUAUCAUUCAGGCAAAAAUGACGACUUCUUUUACAUCAAAGUCAGCAACAAGCCCCGAACUGCUAACAUUAAUACAGCUGAAGACAGUCAAGGAAGAACAACUGAGAUGGACAAUGAGGUGGACAGGAGAGGAGGGCCACCAGAAUUAGUUCCGCUGUCUGGAAAACUAGAAAAGAGUAAAGAGAAUGCUUUAAUUCGACCCACCGCCUUCAAACUCGUUCUUCCUCGAAGCAGCAGUUCCUCGGUGGAGACUCAUAACAGCUUGAGCACUAUCCUGGGCAAGAGAAUUAGUCCUAUAGACAAGCUAAAAGAUCUUCAGGACCCCAAGCUGGAGACAAAUUCUGGUACCUUCUCUGACUCUGGAAGGAACUCUAUGUCCAGCCUGCCCACUCACAGCACCAGUGGCAGCAGCCAGAUGGACAACCUAAGCACAUCAAAUAACCACAUGGCACGCCACGGAGGCCUUGCCCAAAACAUGGACACAUCUCAGAACCCACAGGGGGGUGUAGCAGGGAUAAAUGUAAACUCUGGAUCCAGUUGGAUGUGUAGUGGGACUAACGGUGGAAACGGGUGGGCCAAUGGAUUUUGUGAAACAAACAGAAACAGUGAGUCGACUAAUGGCAAUACGAGAUCUAUUGGUGUCCUAAGCGAAAGUGUGGCGGCAGCAAUAAGUAUGAACAGAGAAAUAACUGCUGCAGCACUGACUGUUUCAUCCACCGAGCCAAAGAUGGAUUUCUCUGGAAACCAAGAACUGCUUCUGGAACAUAGAUUUACAAUUUCAAGAUGGCGAUAA